CUCAGGAAAUUACAGAGAAGCGCUCACGUUUGCAGGAGAUAGGGCUGCAAGGAGCAUCUGUUUUAGGAAGAUUUUUUUUUUGUAAACAGUAAUUUCUGCAACCGAGCCACUCUUUCUGCUUCUCUGGGGUGCACAGAGGAUACAGAAACGCCCCAAGAUAGAGACAUCUAGUUUUAAAGUGUAAAUCUUUUUUUUUAUAAAAGUGGUGAUCAUGUCUGGUGAGGAGGCUCCGAGCCAGCAGGAGCAGCCCGAGCAGGUGAGGGGUGGAGGGAGCCCCGCCGAGCCCCCGCCGGCAGCCCCGCCGGCAGCCCCGGCAGCAGCUCCAGCAGCACCAGCAGCAGCCCCGCAGGAGUCCGAGGAGAGCGUCUCCUGGCGGGCCCUGGUCCUCUCCGGGUACGGGGGCUGUGAUAAGGUGAAGCUGCAGGUGAAGACGCAGAGCAAGCCCCGGCUGCAGCCCGGCCAGGUGCUGCUGCGCGUCAGGGCGUGCGGGCUGAACUUCGCCGAGCUGCUGGGGAAGCAGGGGCUGUACGAGCUGCUGCCCGCCCCGCCCGUCACCAUGGGGAUGGAGGGCUCCGGGGUCGUGGAGGAGGUGGCCGAGGAUGUGAAGGACAGGAAAGUGGGAGAUCGUGUUAUUGCAAUGAGCCGCAGUGGGAUGUGGCAGGAAGUGGUUGUUGUUCCCGCUGAGCACACAUUCCUCAUGCCAGAGGAGAUGAGUUUUGAAGAAGCUGCUGCUCUUCCUGUUAACUACAUGACAGCCUACAUGAUGCUGUUUGAGAUGGCCAAUCUCAGGCCCGGCAAGAGUGUCCUUAUUCACAUGGCUGCAGGUGGAGUUGGUAUUGCUGCCACCCAGCUGUGCCAGACUGUGCCAGAUGUGACCGUGUUCGGCACUGCUUCAGCUGCCAAACACGAGAUCAUCAACCAGGGCGGGGUCACUCACCCCAUCGACUAUCGCACCAAAGACUACGUGACUGAAAUCCGCAAGAUUAGCCCGGAAGGAGUGAAUAUUGUCCUGGACCCACUUGGUGGUUCUGAUACCCAAAAAGGCUUUAAUUUGCUGAAACCUUUGGGCAUGCUCAUAGUUUUUGGUGCAGCAAACUGUGUGACGGGUCAGAAGAAGAACCUGCUGGCCAUGGCAAAGACCUGGUACAACCAGUUCUCUCUCAACACCCUGAAACUGAUGCAGACCAACAAGGCUAUCUCUGGUUUCCACCUGGGCUACAUGCCUAAUGAUGACUUCUUCAGCAAAACCAUGUUCAGCCUGCUGGAGCUUUACAAGCAGGGGAAGAUCAAGCCCCGCAUCGACUCCUGCUAUCACUUUGAAGAGGAAGCGACGGAUGAAGACACCUCUAUCCCUCACGCCACCUUACACCUGUUGCUAGGUGACAGUCUGGACUGUUGCCGUGGCAUCACUGUAAGUGGGGAUGAAGAUGUUCAGCCGAGUCCCCUUCUACUGGCUUCAACAAAUAGGCAGCAGCCUGCCUGUUUCCAAGCAGGAAAACUACGAGUGGCUCAGGCUGGAAGAGAUUAUAGAUGACUUAAUGAAA